AUGGCUGCUAUUCGAACCCUACUCAUGAGAAAAUCUCUUAUUUUAUUUUAUUUUAUCUUUACAGGGUUGAAUCCUCAGAAUCUGAGCUUAGGGUUUUGUAGGGAGUUUCAAACAGUCUCACUACCUGAGCUUCCAUAUGAUUACAGUGCCCUUGAACCAGUAAUUAGUGGAGAAAUCAUGCAACUUCAUCACCAAAAACAUCAUCAAACUUAUGUAACUAAUUACAAUAAGGCGCUUGAGCAAUUACAUGAAGCCAUGGAGAAAGGAGAUUCUCAAACUGUUGUUAAACUGCAAAGCUCAAUCAAAUUCAAUGGUGGUGGUCACAUCAAUCAUGCUAUUUUCUGGAAAAAUCUCAUUCCCGUCAAUGAAGGGGGUGGUGUGCCUCCGUUUGGGCCACUUGGCGCGGCUAUUGACACUAAUUUUGGAUCUCUGGAAAGAUUAGUUCAAAUAAUGAAGGCAGAAGGUGCUGCAUUACAAGGGUCUGGCUGGGUGUGGCUAGGUUUAGAUAAAGAGCUGAAGAGGCUAGUGGUUCAGACCACAGCAAAUCAGGAUCCACUGGUUACUAAAGGAGCAGCAUUGGUACCUUUGCUAGGAAUCGACGUUUGGGAGCAUGCAUAUUAUUUACAGUACAAAAAUGUCAGAUCAGACUAUUUGAAGAACAUAUGGAAGGUUAUCAACUGGAAAUAUGCUACUGAAAUAUACAUGAAAGAACAUUCCUAAGCAAGGCAAGAAACUACAUGGCUCUGAUGAUGUCUAGAAGAUAAAAUCGAGGAUACAAACAGUAGAAAAAU